GAAGUGUCUUCACACCAUAUUGGCUUGAGGAGAGGAGAUUGUCGUAUUGAAAAAGAAAAACAAGAAAGGGAAAAAAAACACCGGUUUUAAAAGAAAAAAAAAACUUCAUUUGUUCUUUAAUAAAAGAGGCUCAGAGUGAAUCAUGAAGUUUGUUUUGGGAGUCGCUUUGAUCUGCGCCAUAUACUGCAGCGCCGAAGCCACCGAUGCCACGCCCAAGGUUCAGAUCUACAGUCGUAACGUUGGCGAGCUGGGCAAGCCCAACACCCUGAUCUGCCACGUGAGCGGCUUCCACCCCCCCAACAUCAAGCUGGAGCUGCAGAAGAACGGGCAGGACAUUGAAGAGGCGCAGCAGAGCGACCUGGCCUUCCACCAGGGCUGGCACUUCCACCUGACCAAGUUCGUGCCCUUCACCCCUCAGAGUGGAGAGCACUACUCCUGCAAAGUGGAGCACAGCACCCUCAAGGAGCCCAAGAGCUUCAGCUGGACUCCAGACAUGUAAGGACAAGAGUCUCGUCGGGAAUCCCUCAGCAGGAGCUGAGCGGAACCGUCCGGCAUAUAUUCUAACCAAUCAUCACACUCCCAAAACCAAUCGUCAAUCUCUCGCAUAAUAUUCGCCUUGGGAGUCUCAACCCAUAUCCCCGACAUGCCGUGUAAUCCUGUAGUGCGUUGAUCAACUCAUCCUGCUGUUUCUGUUUCUGGUUUUUUUUGCUGAUUUGCUGCUUUGAAAGUUAUAUCAUGCUGUAGUUUUUCUUGAAGAGUCCGUUUCCCCCAGGAGGGUCAGACAGAGGGCAGCAGCGCCCCCUGGCUUUCGUUCCAUCUUAAGCACUUGAUUCAGGAAUCAAGAUUCACAAACCUGUGAAUUAUUUUGUGGCCUGGGGAACAAACUGCCAAAUCUGCCCCAGUUACUGGUUAGAUAAUUGGGGGGGGGGGGG